CUCACUCACUCACACAGAGGAAAAGAAUGAGGAAGAACUCGCUCUUCCACUCAGCACAUUUCUGUCUUUCUCGGGUCCGAUCUCUCAUGUGAUCUGAUCUGAUCUGAUCUGAUGUGAUCUGAUCUGAGGGGCUGUGUGAAUGGGAAAACGGGAGCGACUCUGAGGCUGAGCUGUGCUGCGGGUUUCUUAUCGCUCCUCCAUCCGCCGUAUAAAAGCCGCAAACCGAAUGCGAGCUCGAGCAGUGCGGCACCGACCACGCGCGCUCCGUCUCCCUGCGUCUCGCUCCGUGUCCGAAGGUUUCCGAAGCAGCAGCAGACGGUUCAUUUUUCACCCCUGGCAGAAUGAUGAGGCAUUCGGAGGUUUCCUCGUUCCUCUCCACGGGGCUCCAGUGUCUUGCGGUAGUGGCAGCUUUGCUCUGCAACAUCCAUCACGUGACAGCGGAAAAGGUUCAAGACCACGACUCGGACCAUUCCAACAAAUCAGGGACCUGCGGGGGUAUAGUCAAGUGCGCCCCUGGAGUGAUUCUCCCGGUGUGGGAGCCCCAAAACCCCUCUUUUGGGGACAAGGUGGCACGGGCCACAGUGUACUUCGUGGCUUUGGUUUACAUGUUCCUCGGAGUUUCCAUCAUCGCAGAUCGUUUCAUGGCGUCCAUCGAGGUGAUCACCUCUCAGGAGAAAGAGAUCACCAUUAAGAAACCCAAUGGAGAAACGACCACCACCACUGUACGCAUCUGGAACGAAACGGUGUCCAAUCUUACCCUCAUGGCCUUGGGUUCUUCUGCUCCAGAGAUUUUGCUUUCUGUCAUUGAGGUUUGUGGUCAUAACUUUGAUGCCGGUGACCUUGGACCUUCCACCAUUGUUGGAAGUGCCGCCUUUAACAUGUUCGUGAUUAUCGGACUCUGCGUCUACGUGGUUCCUGAUGGGGAACAUCGCAAGGUGAAGCACCUUCGUGUCUUCUUCGUCACUGCUGCCUGGAGCAUUUUCGCAUAUCUGUGGCUCUAUUUGAUCCUGGCGGUUAUCUCUCCAGGCGUUGUACAAGUUUGGGAAGGCCUCCUCACGCUUUUCUUCUUCCCCAUCUGCGUCGUUUUUGCCUGGAUUGCCGAUCGUCGUCUCCUCUUCUACAAAUACGUCUACAAACGCUACAGAACUGGCAAACAUCGCGGGAUGAUCAUCGAAACCGAAGGAGAUCGUCCUCUUCCGUCCAAAGUGGACAUUGAAAUGGAUGGGAAGAUGCUGAACUCCCAUGCUGUGGAUUUUCUGGAUGGAACUUUGACUCUGGACCUGGACGACAAAGAUAUUGAUGAAGAGGAGGCCAGGCGUGACAUGGCGAAGAUCUUGAAGGAGCUGAAGCAGAAGCAUCCAGAUAAAGAAGUGGAGCAGCUGAUUGAGCUGGCUAAUUACCAAGUUCUCAGCCAACAACAAAAAAGUCGGGCGUUCUAUCGAUGCCAGGCAACACGGCUGAUGACCGGUGCUGGGAAUAUUUUAAAGAAACAUGCAGCAGAUCAGGCGCGAAAAGCAGUUAGCAUGCAUGAGGUGCGCAGUGACAUCGGUGAAAACGAUCCCAUUUCCAAGAUCUAUUUUGAUCCCGGAUCUUAUCAAUGCCUGGAAAACUGUGGAACCGUGGCGGUCAAUGUGGUACGCCGCGGUGGAGAUCUCAACCAAACAGUUUCAGUUGAAUUUCGCACAGAAGACGGGACGGCCAACGCAGGCUCGGACUACGAAUUCACCGAGGGCACGGUGUUGUUCAAGCCGGGCGAGACUCAAAAGGAGAUCCGUGUCGGCAUCAUCGACGAUGACAUCUUUGAAGAGGACGAGAACUUCCACAUCCACCUCAGCAACGUCCGCAUUGUUCACGAAGACGAUGAGGCAGAGAAUGCCGAAGCCAAUCACGUGGACACGAUCGCGACCCUCGGCAUUCCUUCCACCGCCACAGUCACUAUAUUCGAUGACGACCACGCCGGAAUCUUCACCUUCGAAGAGCCUGUGAUACACGUGAGCGAAAGUAUCGGCGUGAUGGAGGUGAAGGUUCUCAGAACGUCAGGAGCUCGAGGUGUGGUUAUGGUUCCCUACAAGACCAUUGAGGGCACGGCGAAAGGAGGAGGCGAGGAUUUCGAGGACAGCCAUGGCAUGCUGGAGUUCCAAAACGAUGAAAUCUUGAAGACGAUCUCGGUCUGUUUGCUCGAUCGAGAGGAGUACGAUAAACAGUGCAGCUUUUAUUUAAUGCUCGAGACGCCACAGUGGAAGAGGAGAGGACGCACAGAACACAGAGAGGAAGUGAAGGAUGUGGAACAGGAAGAGGCGGAGCCUCUAACAGGAGAGGAUGAAGAGGAGCGGCGCAUCGCGGAGAUGGGCAAACCCAUGCUGGGUGAACACGUCAAACUGGAGGUCAUCAUUGAAGAAUCCUACGAGUUCAAGAACACUGUUGAUAAACUGAUUAAGAAGACGAACUUGGCGCUGCUGGUCGGCACAAACAGCUGGAGGGAUCAGUUCAUCGAGGCCAUCACAGUCAGCGCCGGUGAGGAUGAUGAUGAUGAAGAGUGCGGGGAGGAGAAGCUCCCAUCCUGUUUCGAUUAUGUCAUGCACUUCCUCACUGUGUUCUGGAAGGUUCUGUUCGCCUUCGUCCCGCCCACUGAUUACUGGAACGGGUGGGCGUGUUUUGUCGUGUCAAUCAUCAUGAUUGGCGUCCUGACGGCGUUUAUCGGAGACUUGGCGUCUCACUUCGGCUGCACCGUGGGACUGAAGGACUCCGUCACCGCCGUGGUGUUCGUCGCUCUCGGCACCUCCGUACCAGACACCUUCGCCAGUAAAGUGGCUGCGAUCCAGGACCAGUAUGCUGACGCGUCUAUCGGGAACGUCACGGGCAGCAAUGCGGUGAAUGUGUUCCUGGGAAUCGGUGUGGCAUGGUCCAUCGCCGCCAUCUUCCACCAAUCGAAAGGGCGCGAGUUUCGUGUGGAGCCGGGCAACCUGGCCUUCUCAGUCACGCUCUUCACCAUCUUCGCCUUCAUCUGCGUGGCUACGCUCAUGUACCGGCGCCGGCCUGACAUCGGCGGCGAGCUGGGAGGCCCGAGGACUGCCAAAGCGCUCACGACCAUGCUCUUUAUCAGCCUGUGGCUGCUCUACAUCCUGUUCUCCUCACUCGAGGCUUACUGCCACAUCAAGGGCUUCUAAACACACACACAUACAGAAACACACACACACAUGCGCACGGAGUCACACACACAUAUACUAACACACCGAUGUCCAUAUGAAGAUGCGUACGCUCACACAUUCUCACAUAUACGCACACACAGGUUAUGAGGAAGGACGGAUGCUAACGAGAAGGAAGCUACAUCAGACAGGACAUGGAUAAUUUUUUUAAUUUUCCCAUCUUAGCUGAGUGUAGAGAGCUGACACACGGAAAAAUGACAACAAAGCAAAUUGAAAUGAGUAAAGAUAAAGGAAUGAGGAGCUAGUAACAGCGGAACUUUGCUAACCUCUGCUAAUAAGUUUUAGGUUUUUUUUUAUUUGUUUCUUUUUUUUGUUGUGAUUAAAAGUGACACAACAACAGAAACUGAGGAACAACUGAACGCAAAUCAGUAGGAAACGAGCUGUAAUGUGCUGUAGAAUGUUGAAUUUUAUUUAUUUAUUUCCUCUCUGCCACUUCACGCUCCUCUUUCUGCCUCAGGCUGAAAGACUGAAUCUGAUUGGACGCUUGUUAGCCGGUCAAGGUUCCCCAUUGGCUACAGUCAGAGGGUGUGAUUUUGCAGGGAAUAAUAUGUAAAAAUAAUAUGAAACACUUGACAACAUUGAUGACAAGCCAGUAAUAAAACGCUUUACGUCAUACGUUAGCCUGGGGUUCCAGGAAAUGCUGGAUUUGAGAGAACGGGAUUCUGGGUAAUGUAGUUCUGUUGACUGUAUUUUACGAAACGUACAAGUGCACUAUUCCGGUCCUUUUGUGGUCUUUGUGGUCUUUCAACGCCAUUUUCAGCAACAAAACUGUUGAUACCUAACCAUGUUAGCCUUCAUACUGAAUACAUUACGAAGAUUUUUCUCACAGGUUGGACUUUACACACCAUCUUUAGCUUUUUAAUUAGCAUUUCAAUGAAAUGUCUUACCUACUGGACCAGGAUUUGAUGUUUAAACUUUCUAAAUUUAUCUGCUAAAAAGUACUAAAAGUCCAAUACGUAACCGCUAGCUCACAACAAGCUAACAUACUAACACACAUUGCUAACGACAGAGCUGGCAAAAAUCCUGAGAAAUUUUAUUCACCUAAACACUAUGAGAACUCUGACAAUAAGUUUAUUUAUAAGUCAAUCCUAACGCACCUUUAGCUAAUCACACCAGUUUGAUUGUAACUUCGUGUGAAUGUAAAAUCGUAAAACGUUCAUGAGCUACUAAAAAUGUAUACAGCUGCACAAAGUAGCAUCGUUUCAUCAUACGUAGCUUUAAGGUAUAACUUAUAGCUUACAGAUAUUAGUCAGAAACUGCUGUAAGAAAUCAGUUAACAGUUAGUCAAAGGAUCGCUGAAAAAAAAAACUUGUCAGAAAACAGACGACAUUUGCGCUGGAAAACUGAUUAAUAUUCACUCUUCCAUGUGGAAAGAGAAAAGAGACGUUGUUCACAAAUUCACAAACAAUUCAGUCUUUCUGAACAAGUCAUAAGGUGAACGAAUCAGUGUCAGUCACUGGAAAUGAUUCGUUCAUAAACGAUUUCUUCUUUUUGAAUGAAUCAAUAUGACGAACGAAUCAGUAUCAGUCACUGGACACGAGUCAUUCAUAAAUGAUUCUUUUUUUUUUGAAUGAUUCAACAAGAUGAACGAAUCAGUGUCGGUCACUAGAUACGAUUCAUUCAUAAAUGAUUCCAUCUUUUGGAAUGAAUCAGUAAGAUGAAUGAAUCAGUGUCGGUCACUAGAUACGAUUCAUUCAUAAAUGAUUCCAUCUUUUGGAAUGAAUCAGUAAGAUGAACGAAUCAGUGUCGGUCACUAGAUACGAUUCAUUCAUAAAUGAUUCCAUCUUUUGGAAUGAAUCAGUAAGAUGAAUGAAUCAGUGUCGGUCACUGGAAAGAUUCGUUCAUAAACGAAUCCAUCUUUUGGAAUGAAUCAAUAAAAUGAACGAAUCAGUAUCGGUCACUGGAAACGAUUCAUUCAUAAAUGAUUCUAUUUUUUUGAAUGAUUCAAUAAGAUGAACGAAUCAGUGUCGGUCACUAGAUACAAUUCAUUCAUAAAUGAUUCCAUCUUUUUGAAUGAAUCACGGAGGCGAAUGAAUCAGGAUCGGCCAUAGGACGUGUUUGGAUCACAAACAAUUCGCUCUUUUUAAAUGAAUCACUACGCUAACUGAAUCAGUAUCGUCACUAGACAUUUUAUUCAUGAACGAUUCAAUCUGUUUGAAUGAAUCAAUAAGAUGAACGAAUCAGUAUCGUCUCUACACACGAUUCGUUUGUGAAUAAUUCAGUCUUUUUAAACGAGUCACUAAAUUGACUCAGUAUCGUUCAUUGCCACACACUGAGUCAUUCCUUUUGUUCAGUUGCUGCUGAUGGGCUUCGCUACUGCAAACCGCAAAACUGAAGGCGAAGCCAAACCACUACAUUUCCAGAGAUUUUUUUUAAAGUAGGUUUAUUGUUAUAUUUUUAUCCAUCAGUGUUUUGUAAAAGUCUGUGAAUUGUGUGAGUCGCAUGUGUCAGUGCGUGUGUGUCGAAUCUUUUCGUCUGUCCUUCAGUGAAUUGUUGUUGACCUUCCAGAAAUUUCUGUGACGUUUCCUCGCUCGCUCUGUCUUUACGCUUUCCGUAUAAAGCUAGCUAGGCCGCUAGUUCGCUAGUCAGCGAUUAGCUAGCGUCCGUUCUCUGUGUUCAGUGUGUGUUUCUGCCCCGAUUCAUUUGAUUCAUUUGUUAAAUUAGCAAACACCCCACUUUGAUGCGCUACAUAUUAAAAUCAUCGCUAAAGAUCUUUUUUUUUGCAAAACAAAACUAUGAUUGAUUUAUUUUUUAAACGUUUGACUUUAAACAGGACAAUUUUCAGAGACUGAUAGACCUCAUUAGAUUAGCGUGUUAUCCUGCGCGUCGUUUCUGCCCGAGUUUACACUGAUGACUGUUACACACACACACACACACACACACACACACACACACACAUAGUUCCCAUGCAAAACACACAGCUACGGUCUCGCACAUUUCAUAAACAUACUUAAUCGUGCUAAAGAGACGUACACACUUCAUAACCGCUAGCUAAAAUCUCUCCCUCACACACACACACACACAUUCACACACACACUCACACACACACACACACACACACACACAGUGGAGUUUACGAGGGCGUGCGCUCCCUCCAGUCCUGCUGAGAUUAUAUAAGUAAGGCUAACACUUUAGCAGAUUAGCAUGGUUUUAGACUCUCGAUUUAGUCUGGUUUUAAACCUGUAGAUUAGCCUGGAUAUGACACUGAACGUAGCUAGCGUUUUUUUUUUUUAAUUUAAGGAAAGAAGGUAAAGUUUUCAGAUUAGACUGGCUUAAAAAAUAAACAUUUUUUAUCUAUUUGUCCUUUUAGAGUCCAGAUUUUCACGCUAACCUAGAGUAGACGCGCUAGCGGUUAAGACUCAAUACAUUUAGAUUUGGGAUAAAUGCUAAUUGUAGUUUAGCUUGAUGAUAAGAAAAGAAAAAAUUUGCCAAAGGGAAAAUUGUAAAAAUCGUUUCUAAAACAAUUCUAGCGAUACAACUGGGUUUUGUAUUUGAUGCUAAUGUUUUUUACCGAAAGAAAAGAAUUAAAACGUAAAGUUUGAAAAAUGGCCUUGGAGGACUUUCGUACGAGGAAUUUAUACAAAAUAUACAAAACUCGAGCAUUAAGCGCUAAUUCUUAGUGAAUGUAUCAGGACGCGUGAUAGCUGUAGCGUAACGCUGAUGGAAAAACGCUAAACCUAUUCUUUUGGUUCUCUUGUUUGUUUUAUUUUCUUGGUUUUUUAUUAAUUACGAAACUAAAAACGGUUCCCUGAUGAUUCUUUAUGGAGACGAACGACAUGGACGGUGUUGCAAUACAAAGAAAAAACACACACACACACACACUCACACUCACACACACACACACACACACAUACACACUCAUACACACACACAGAAAACACAAUAAUUUAAAAAAAAGGACAAAGACAAAGACCCUUGAUAUUCCUUGAAAAACAAUUUAAAGAAAGAAAUAAAAGCUAGAAGAUGAAGAAGAGGACGGUGGACGCGUGUGAAUUACAGCCAUACUCUGCCGCAACGGACUUCCUGUGGGCGUGGCCUCCUGCUGAUCGCGGCGUGUGUUUCAAAAUGUGUCUGCAUCUCAGUGUGUGUAUGUGUGUCGUCUCGGUCGGUUGGACGCGUCUACAGCGAGUCGCCAAACUCCGGUCCUGAAGGCGACGGCGUCGGGUUUAUAAACACGAGUGCGCUAGCAAAAAUUAGCAAAAACUAGCAAAAUGAAGUGAAGUGACAGUGCUAACUAACACUAAAUGAACGGAAGGGAAAUGCUAGUUAGCAUCUUUACUCAGACGUUAACGUUAUAUUCAAAAAUGUACAAAAUUGUAGAACAGAUACAUAAAGAUCGUCUCUAUGUUUUAUUUCUGAGCGUUACAGGAGAUUAUCGUAGUUUGCAAGGCUAGCUGUAACAUAGCUACACACAUUCAUGCUUAAAGGUUGGAACUGAGUGAUUAUUUAUAAACCUAGGAUUUCAUUUCAUAAAUACCGCUAACUAGCAGAUUAGCUAGCUAGCAUUGUUUAUCAAUUUAUUUAUUUUUUUCCCAAAUUAUAGCUUACACUUAGGAAAAAAAAACACCCCUGAUAUCUGAAUCGUUUCUAAAAUACCCUGAUUUACGCCAAUUUCUGAGAAAAUGUUUAAUUUGGAAUCUUGGUUUUAAAAAAGUAACGAGUUGCGUUAUGUGACAUGAUAUUUAGCUUCUUUUUUUAAAAUCGCAAAUUACACGUUUUCUUUUAUUUUUUUGUUACGCUUUUAAAUUAAUUCUAAUAAAAAGCACUAGUUCAUAAUAGCUUGAUAAUUUAAAAAAAAAAUUACUAGCUAGAUUUGAAUUUUUAUACCAAUUUCUCAAAAUAUUUUUAAUUUGGAGUUUUGUUUUUUUUAAAAAAAAAAAAACUAGUAAUUAUGUGAUGUUAUGUUUAUUUAGUGACUUUUAUUAACAAAUUACACAUAAUUAAUUUUAUUAAUUGUAUUGUAUUAAUUUAAAUAAUUGUAACUGUUACUCAUUUCAAUGAAUUUUAAUUUAAAUAAAGGUUCUAGCGCUUCAGAAAAAAAAGCCCAGGGGAUCUUGAUGAUUUAAAAAUAAUAAUAAUACUUAAAAAAUGUUUAUGUCUUUGUUUUUUAAUGAUUAUUACAAUUAAUUCAAUUAACUACAAGUAAUUAAUUAAUUAAUACAAUUAAUUGUAAUAAAACCCAUUUUAACGUGAUAAUUUAAAAAAUAAUAACAGCAGGAUCUUUAGCUAGAUUCGAAUUUUUACGUCAAUGUUUCUGAAAAUUAAAAAAAUAUCUAAUAAAUUUAAAAAAAGUAAUAAUAAUAAAAUAAAAAUAGUUUUUGCUAGUUCACUCGCACUUUUACGUCUAAACCCGGCUACGUGUUCAGGAUCGGAGUCUGACGGCGCGUUUCUGCGUCUCAGAUUUCGUCCACAGCGAUUGUGGGCGUUCUUGCAUUUCAAAGUCCCUCCCCCCUCUCUUUCCCAAACCCCGCCCUUAGUCCCUCCCCCAAACCCCUCCCCCUCCCCUAAACCCCGCCCCUCGUUUCAUAUUUGGAAUGUUAACGUGCUAGUUGUUGACACUGUGCAUGGAUGCUAACCUGUCUGUAUAUAGUAAGCAGUAACUCACUCAUUAAUGUCGAAAGGUUUCGAAAGAUGUUUGUGUAGAUAUUUCGAUUUUAUUUGCGUUUUUAUCUUGCACAUACGUUGAAAAGAAAAGAAAAAAAGGCAGUAUCUGUCGUUCCGGACAGUGCUACGAGGAUUUUAAUCGCGGGGAAUGCAUGGGUACUUGUACAAAUAAUAAUAUUAAUAACGAUAACAAUAAUAAUAAUGACGAUAAUAAUAAUAAAGAUAAUAAUAACGAUAUUAAUGAUGAUAUUAAUAAUAAUAAUAACAACGCCUCUUCUUGCUUGUUGCCAUGGUUGUAUUAUUAUUAUUAUUUGACGAUAGGUUAUAAUACACGAAAGGCUAUUUUGUCAUUGCGAGUUUGUGUGUAUAUAGUGUACAGUGAAAUCGAGGCGAGUGUGUUAUUGCCUCGGCGUUAUCACAUAUUUAUUUUAAACCCUUUAGUCAACUCAAGAAUGACAAAUAUUGCCUUUUAGAUGUACGUCUAAUUUCCUUCACUGAGCAGUGUGUGUGUGAGUGUGUGUGUGUGUGCGUGUGUGUGUGAGUGUGUGUGUGUGUGUGUGUGUGUGCGUGUGUGUGUGAGUGUGUGUGUGUGUGUGUGUGUGCGUGUGUGUGUGUUGUCGUCAUUUUACCCCCCCUCCCCCCCCCCACUGCUCAGAUGGACUCGUUUUUUCAGGGGUUUAAUAAUAUCUUUGAUAAUGUUGUUUUCUUGUUUGAUUCUCUCUCUCUCUCUCUCUCUCUAUGUCUCUCGACCAUCGACGCCUUGCGUCAUCAUCAUCAUCAUCAUCGUAUGACUCAAAUUUUUACGACACACGGAGAACAAAAAUCAACAUCAACGAACUGGUUUUAUUUGAUCAGUUAUCAAACACUAAUAUGAUUUUUUUAAAAUUGUGUUUUCGUUAUUUUUCAUUAAUAUAAUGCUGCGUUUAAAUAAAUAAAGACAGCGUUUAUGAGAAGAUCUGACACAACGGCACGCUUUAGCAAUAAAACACGUAAUUUUUUUUUUUUUUACUAGCUAGCAUGCUAUGCCAUUUACUGCAAAUGCUAGUUAACAAUCCCAAAGUUAUCAUUUAGCUAUUUAACAAGCCGAAACUUAGCGUGCUAGCUAAUAAAUAAGGCGAAUUGUAACAAUCUAGCUAGCUGACAAGACAAACCUGAUAGCUAACUAGUCAUCCUCAGUGACUAGCUAGCUCCCAUUCUUGUUGUUUAUACUUCCUAGUUGCUUUACGCAAAUGUUAGCUGUUUAAUAUGAAUAUAUUUCGCGUCGCUAGCUGUAACUAGCAGAUUGUGUUCAUGUUUGUUUAAUAUCCACGUUUAUAGCCAUUUUACGUAGCUACGUUGUAAUUUCAAACUAACUAUCAGAAUUUGUGUCACAAAUUGUACGUUUUUUCAAAUAAUUGAACGGAUUCUGAUAAAAAGCACUAGCAUUUUUAAUUUCCUAGUUGCCUAGCAACAGCAUUCCCAAUAGGAAGCGUAUCGUAGUGUUGAAAGCAGUAAGGAUGAUAGCGCUUUACACGUACUAGCUGCUAGCAUACAGCAGAGUCAGGAUUAGCUGUGUGCUAAUAAUUAGUUACAUGUUACGAACAACAUCAAGAACACGUUUAAAAGAGCGUCAGAUGUAAACUUCUCAUUUAUAAAUUCGACUGCGUGAUUCGACUCGUCGCGAUGGAAAUGUUUUAAACUAGUUGUUACGAUAAUAACGUAUAUGUUCAAUGGGUUACGCUUACUUUUUUUUUUCUUAAAUUAAUAACAUUUAAGUGAGGAAUACCGAGUAUUAAUGUUUGAUAACUGAUCAAGUUCGACUUUGUUAUUCCGUGAUUACAGAAAGAAAGUUCGGAAUGUGAUUGGAACGUGAUCGUUUUAUCUCUAUUAUGAUGAAAAUAAGUUUUUUUUUCCGAGAUUAGACGCGAUUAAACGUUCAGACGCAAGGCGUCAUUAAUAAUUUCUCUGUUCACUCCGUCACUCUGCAUCUUCCUCUGGUUCCUAUCGAAGCUCUGACAUUUACGUUUUUCUUUGAUGAUGAAGAAUUGAAAAAUGCUGAUUUUUUUUUUUUUUUGCGGAUCUUUACGUUUGCACUCAGACUAAUAAGAAGGAAGUCCACUAACUGUGAUUUGCCCCCAUGGUACACCUCUACACAGGAAAUAAAGUUUGGGAAAUCCUGUUUAGA